GAGAUGGCAAAUCCUGAAGUCGUUACAAAUAGCUGUAGCUCUCAGCAGGAGGAAAAUGGCUGCACGUUUAACCAGAAUACAUCUCCCUCCGAGGAGCUUCUAUUAGAAGACCAGAUGAGGCGAAAACUCAAAUUUUUUUUCAUGAAUCCUUGUGAGAAAUUCUGGGCUCGAGGCAGAAAACCAUGGAAACUUGUCAUACAAAUUAUAAAACUUGCAAUGGUGACCAUCCAGCUGGUCUUUUUUGGGCUAAGUAACCAGAUGGUGGUAGCUUUCAAGGAAGAUAACACUAUAGCAUUCAAACACCUCUUCCUAAAAGGAUAUGUGGACCAAGCGGAUGACACCUAUGCAGUUUACACACAGAGUGAUGUAUACAGUCAGAUCAUCUUCGCAGUGAACCAGUAUUAUGUUUUGUUCCUUUCUGUGGCAGAAUGUUUCUCCGUGGAGCCAGAUGAAUCUUUUUACAUUGGAACACCAGAAGAAAAUAAACUCAACCUAACACUGGACUUUCACAGACUCCUAACAGUGGAGCUGAUGUUUAAACUGAAGGCCAUUAAUCUGCAGACUAUUCGUCAUCACGAGCUCCCUGACUGUUACGACUUCACUCUGACUAUCACAUUUGACAAUAAAGCCCACAGUGGAAGAAUUAAGAUAAGUUUAGAUAAUGACAUUUCCAUCAGAGAAUGUAAAGACUGGCAUGUUUCUGGAUCAGUUCAGAGAAACACUCAUUACAUGAUGAUCUUUGAUGGCUUUGUUAUCCUGAUGUGCUUGACUUCGUUAAUCCUGUGCUUUCGAUCUGUGAUUAAAGGAAUUCAGCUGCAACAGGAAUUUGUCAUUUUUUUCCUCCUCCAUUAUAAGAAGGAGGUUUCCGUUUCUGAUCGAAUGGAAUUUGUCAAUGGAUGGUACAUUAUGAUUAUUAUUAGUGACUUAUUGACAAUCAUUGGAUCAAUUCUGAAAAUGGAAAUCCAAGCCAAGAGUCUAACAAGUUAUGACGUCUGCAGCAUACUUCUCGGGACCUCCACCUUGCUUGUGUGGCUGGGCGUCAUCCGAUACCUCAGUUUCUUCCACAAGUACAAUCUCCUUAUCCUGACCCUUCAGGCAGCGCUGCCCAGUGUCAUGAGGUUCUGCUGCUGUGCGGCUGUGAUCUACUUUGGCUAUUGCUUCUGUGGAUGGAUUGUGCUGGGACCUUACCAUGAAAAGUUCCGUUCUCUGAACUUGGUCUCCGAGUGCCUUUUUUCUCUGAUAAAUGGAGAUGACAUGUUUGCGACGUUUGCAGGAAUGCACCAAAAAAGUUACUUGGUCUGGCUAUUUAGCAGACUUUACCUCUACACGUUCAUCAGCCUCUUUGUAUAUAUGAUUUUAAGUCUUUUCAUCGCACUGAUCACUGAUACAUAUGAAACAAUCAAGCAUUACCAGCAGCAUGGCUUCCCAGAGACCAGACUUCGGACAUUUAUAGCAGAGUGCAAAGAUCUACCCAACUCUGGAAAGUACAGAUUAGACGACGAACCUCCAGGAUCUAUAUUCUGCUGUUGUACAAAGUAGCUCUCAGGCUUAUCUGUGCUCUAGAGGAAAAUAUGAUGUGUAGCUGAGUUGGGAAACUAUAUGGAUAUUUUAAGAUCUGGUGGAGUAUGUUUGAAGACUAUCAUUUUGAGCAAAUUGAUAGCUAUAAUUCAUUAAGAACUCAUUAGGUUUAUAAUUUAAAAGCAAUAAUUAUUGUCUUUUUAGCUUUAUGUUGAGUUUAUUUAAAAAAAAACCCCACUACCUUUGAUUAGUGAAGCUAUUGGCUUCUUAUUCGUUCUUUAUUUUGCCAUAGCUUUAGAAGGUGUUUUCUAUGCCACUCUUUGUUGUUGUUGCUGUUGUUAAUCCUCAUCCGAGGGUAUUUUUUCCAUUGAUUUUUAGACAGAGUGGAAG